GGAACUAGCACUAAAUAAUGCCGAAACGCGUAAACGAACGCAACGCACAUUUUAGUUGAGUUUAUUUUUAAAUUAAAAUAUCAGCAUAUAUAGACGUCAUGGAUGACGAUCUAGCACUGCCCGCCGAUACACUAGCCAUUCUCAAUGAAUUCCUGGCAGAGCGUUCGAAGCGCGAAGCCGAAGAGGAGGAUAGCAUUGCGAACCGGGACGGCAAGGAGGCAACAUUCGAAGAGAAUUGGCAAUUGAGCCAAUUCUGGUACAGCAAAAAGACCAAACUCGCAGUGCGAGACAUUGUGGCAAAGCUACUGAAGGAACAACCAAAUAAAUCAGAGGAAUAUAACUACCGCAUAGCUUUGCUGUCUUGUCCAUCGCUGUACAAGGAUAUUAAAGAUAUAUAUGAGCACGUCAGCAUCUUCGAGUACGAUGAACGUUUUGCAGCCUAUGGCAAGGAUUUUGUCCAUUACGAUAUCAAUUGCAUAGACGGCCAGCCAGAAUAUCUGUUGGAUCAGCACAAAAGCUAUGAUUUAAUCAUAGCCGAUCCGCCGUUCUUGUCUCAGGAGUGCAUUGGCAAAAUAUCAGAGAUUAUAGUUAAGCUGCAGCGCAGUUCGAGCGACUCCAAACUGAUAUUUUGCUCUGGCCAAGUCGUGGAACCCUGGCUGACAGCCUGUUUGCCGGUGCACAAGUGCAAUUUUCGACCAGAACACGAACGUAAUUUGGGCAACGAAUUUGUUAGUUAUGCCAACUUCAAUUUGGACAAUUAUAUUUAAAGAAUGAAC